ACACACAAAUAUGUACUGUGAGAGUGGUUCAGAAUUUGAUCUCAGCCUCUUGGAAACUAUUCGUCAGUAUCUUCUGGAAGAUGAUUUCGAUACGUUUCCAAGUCCAGCACCGUUUGUUGAAAAUGUAGCGGAAAAUGAUGCGAUUAAUGUUGAUCAAUGGAUAAGCUUUGAUCAGUUGUUUGAAGCGGCGGAGGACACGGUUGCUGUUAAUAAUGUUUCGUUUUCCAGUUCCGAAGUGACUUCUGAGGUAUUGGAGACUACUCCGACUGCGAGUGUGUCUGAAUCUCACGCGCCGCCGAAGAAGGUACAUUAUAAGGGAGUUAGGAGAAGGCCGUGGGGGACGUAUGCGGCGAAGAUAAGGGAUCCGAAGCGAAACGGUGCGAGGAUCUGGCUUGGUACUUACUCGACUCCCGAGGAUGCUGCUCUGGCUUAUGACAUAGCGGCUUUUAAAAUGCGAGGUGCGAAAGCGAAACUGAAUUUUCCACACCUCAUCGGCUCCGAUCAGGUGGAACCGGUCAGAGUAACCAAUAACAAGUGAAGAUCUCCGGAGCCGUCUUCCUCUUAUUCAUCAGCUCAGUUUCCGUCAUCUCCGU